UGGCCGUCGGCACCCUCACUGGGGAUGCGCUUCUUCACCUCAUCCCCAUGACAAUGGGGGCAUGGUCACGAAGACAGCGAUCACUCGCAUACCGAGGGUCCAGUGGUCAUCGACAACUACAUCUGGCUGAGCAUCGUCAUGCUGGGCGGUAUCUAUUUCUUUUUCCUGCUGGAGUCUAUUUUCGUGCGGUGCAUCAAGCACACGGGGAGCCACGGGCACAGCCACUCUCUAGAAAUGAUUGUACCUACGAAAUCCCCGAGUGACACAGCAGAAGAGGUUAAUGUCCAGAAACAAGACGAUGCAAACAAGCAGCGGAGUGACAAGGCGCUGUCCGUGAUGAUCAUUAUGGGCGACGCAGUGCACAACUUCGCAGACGGGCUGGCCAUUGGUGCCGCCUUCUCCUCCAGUGUGUCUGUCGGCAUCGCCACCUCCAUCGCCGUCUUCUGCCACGAGCUGCCGCACGAGCUGGGGGACUUUGCAGUGCUGCUGAGGAAUGGCAUGUCAGUCAAGAGGGCGCUGCUGUGGAACUUCUUCUCGUCUCUCACGGCUUUCAUCGGCCUCUUCGUCGGUCUGAGCGUCGCCACCAGCGAGGAGGUGCAGACGUGGAUCUUCGCCAUCACCGCCGGCAUGUUCCUCUACAUCUCGCUUGUGGACCUGUUGCCGCAGAUGGUGUCUGACGAGGUCCACAACCCAGUCAUUUUCUUCACCAACAACAUCGGCAUGCUCCUCGGAGUUUUCUUCAUGGUGAUCAUCGCCAUCUUUGAGGAGCGCAUCAGGAUCAGCUGAACACAGAGAGAGAGAGAGGCAGAGAGAGAGAGACAGAAAGAGAGAGGGGGGGGAGAAAAGCAGUGGGAAAUAAUAUUUGUUUGGAACUGUGAACUUACGAGAUGAUCAUUCAGAGUCGCUGAGAUGAGAUUGUUUAUAAACAGGUUAGGCAGGAUAAUCAACAGCAAGCAGUAACAAAUACAGCUAAUGCAGCUAAUGCAGCUAAUACAACUAAUACAGCUAAUGCAGCUAAUGCCGCUAAUGCAGCUAAUACAGCUAAUGCAGCUAAUACAGCUAAUGCCGCUAAUGCAGCUAAUACAGCUAAUGCAGCUAAUACAGCUAAUACAGCUGAAAGUGACAAUACACUAAUGUAGAAGCCAGGUAAAACUCAGCAACUGGCGAUCACAGACAGCAGUUGUGUCAAAAGACACAUUGUGUCCACUAAUAAAGUAUAUAAAGUAUAAAAUAAUGUAUCAAAUAAUGUAUAAAAUAAUGUAUACAAUAAUCCAACACUGUACACUGUGUCUAUAGUCAACUAUCAUCAGUUUUCAAGUUUUCCAUUUGACACACGACUGAUGCCUGUGUCAGUGUAGGUCACUUGAUAUCAACCUAUGUUACAGUAAAUAUUUGUUACUUAUCAAUUGUAUGUGUAAAUAAGGAGUGUGACAACAGCAAAUGUCAUGUGAAAUGUGAAAAUGACAGUCGCCAGCUGAGUGUGUGACAUGUUGUGUAGCUGGACAGUGUGUUUAUCUCGGACAUCAUUUUAGUGAUGUCCUCCGGUGUAAAACUGUGCAUCCAGUCACGUGACUUCCCUUGAAUGCUUUGACACAAGUGUGACACUUCAUUGGUGUCAUCAGUUGCUGAAUGUCAGUUGUCACAAGCUGUGUACGAGCCAGUGAACCACAGACUCUGUCUGUGACUGUCAUGUUCACUGAGACAGGUCUCUAGCUCUCAUGCUCACUGUGAGACGGACAGACGGACAGACAUUCAGACAGACGGACGGACGAACGGAGGGAUGAAAACAAAAGUCUCGAGCUGUGUGCUCCUUCUUCACCUUUGACAAGUCCUCGUCAGACAGCAAGACUAAGCAGAGAAGAUGAGAGAGAAGGCACGUGACACUUGGACGUCUGGCCACAAGUUAGGACAGACUUGUCUUGUCUGUCCGUCCGUCCGUCCGUCUGUCUGUCUGUCCGUCUGUCUGUCUGUCCGUCUGCCUGUCUGUCCGUCUGUCUGUCUGUAUGUCUGUCUGUCUGUCUUCCCCCACCCACCAGACGGUCUGUCUUCCUCGUGUCUGUGUAGAUGUGUGGUGUUUCAUUCUGCUUAUUUAAAAGUGUGGAUGUGUGUGAAGAACUGUGUGUGUUGAGGUCAGCUGUGGGUGUGUCUGUGGGUGGGUCUAUGUAGGUAUGUGUACGAGAAGAGGAAGGGAAGAAGAGGAUUUGUUGUUUGUUUGUUUUUUUUUUUUGAGGGGAAGGGGGUGGGGAGGAGGCCCUGUGUGGCGGACUCACUUUGCCCUGCAGGAAUGUGGAUAAACUGUGGCUGACUGCUGUUGCAGUGGCUGACAGUCCCUCCAUUUCCACAAUAACACUGGAGAGAUGUUUUCAUUAUGGAACUCACAUACUUAGUGUAACUGCCCACAGCUGGAUGAGGGGCUCCUUUGGGUUUUGUUAAUGCUGAUAUGUACAAUAUAAUAUUCACCUGUAACGGGGGUAGCGUCUGCCCGCUAUGUGUGGGUAGCCCCACCCCACGAGUGUGCCCCACCCCUGCCCACCAACACCUCACAACACGUUUCUGUGUCAGGCUAAUAUGUUGUGCAUGCUGCUGACUGCGGUUCAAACCACCAUCGCACUUGAUGAGAGUUCGCCACCUGAGUGAGCCACCGACACACCUGUCUCCCAGUCGCUCGCCUUCUUCUUUCUUUCCUUCUCACUCGUUUUUUAUUAUUUCUCUCCCUCCUGUGAUCGCUCCGACCUCUACUCGUCUGUCAGCUGCCCACCGAACUGAAGAUGUCGGUCUAACGACUGUCGCCUGCUCCUCUGUCCCUGUCCUCCCCAUGGCCGCAGUCCGCCUCACCUUCAAACGUUGAACACCUGAGGGUCUGUCUCCUGCUGCUACCGACAUUUCUCUCCUGAACGAGUUCUCUCUGCCCUGUGUUUGUAAACAUGAGUGUCGCUGUGUUUGUAAACAUGAGUGGCUGGUCUUGCCCUGUGUUUGUAAACAUGAGUGUCCUGCCCUGUGUUUGUAAACAUGAGUGGCUGGUCCUGCCCUGAGGUCAGAAAGAAAAUUGUCAAAGAGUAUAAACAGCUUUGAGUUCCAUUUGAAUCCGUCUGUAAUGUUCGUGUGUCCACGUGUCUCUUAUCUCUGACUGUAUUUUAAUGUCACUUGAUUUUACUUGUAUUUCUUGUAAACAUGUGUUACCUGUAUUUAUUGUAAACAUUUUAUUGUAUUAGCUAUAAACAUGUUUAUUUGUUUACUUGUUUUCGCAUUCUGUAAAUUCCUUUCAUCCACCUAUGUUAGAGAUGUCUGUUUUAAUCCGUUUUACCGUUUGAUCCGUUAGAUUACACUUCAUGUCUUUGUACUUCCUUUGUUUAUACUUCUCUUUUCCUCUCAUCUUCUGUGGUUGUCAUGGCAGUACUCCAUCAGUAAUUCGAUCUCCUGUAUUCAAGACCUUUGUUUGUUUCUAAAUGUUAAUCAGUCUUUGCUUCCUAAAUGUUCAAGUCGCUAAUGUUCAUCUGUAAUUUAAUCAACUCCAAUCUGAGUUGCGACCUUUGACCUGCUCUGGGCUGUUACUAGUGGUGACACAGGCUUGAACUGCUGCCCUCGGCAUUUCUGUAGUCAGAUGACACUCCUAGCAACCUCUGACAGUAUAAGCAGAGUUCCAGUAACACUCAAGUUUUACAAGAAAAUAAAUAGAAAUGACAUACUGGA